UCAUACCCAUCAACUUCCAUCAGCAUGACUCAGAAGCCAGGGCAAGUUUUCAAAAAGACAAGCCCCAACGCCAAGCUCUCACUCUAUCUGGGAAAGCGAGACUUUGUAGAUCAUGUCGACACUGUGGACCCAGUUGAAGGCAUGUUGCUGUUUGAUCCGGAUUAUUUAAAGGAUAGAAAAGCUUAUGUGACAUUGACAUGUGCAUUCCGAUAUGGAAGGGAAGAUUUGGAUGUCAUGGACCUUAGUUUCCAAAAGGAUAUUUACAGUGAGACAAUCCAGGUCUAUCCACCCAUUGCAGGCAACAAAAUGCCACUGACUCCACUGCAGGAGAGGCUGGCUAGCAAACUGAAAGAGAACUGCUACCCUUUCAUCUUCCAGAUCCCUCCAAACCUGCCAUGUUCAAUCACCUUGCAGCCAGGAUCAGAAGACCAUGGAAAGGCCUGUGGUGUGGACUUUGAGGUGAAAGGAUUCUAUGCAGAUAACCUGGAGGAAAAGAUUCAUAAAAGGAAUUCAGUGAAGUUGGUCAUCCGCAAGAUCCAGUACGCCCCAGAGAAAAGCACAGCGCAGCCCAAAGCAGAAAUAACUCGGCAAUUCCUCAUGUCAGACAAGCCAUUACAACUGGAGGCAUCGCUUGACAAAGAGAUGUAUUAUCAUGGCGAACCUCUCAAAGUCACUGUCCACAUUAACAAUAACACAAGCAAGGUGGUGAAGAAGAUUAAGUUAUCCGUUGAUCAGAUCACAGAUGUAGUCCUCUAUCAACUUGACAAAUAUGCAAAGAUGAUAUGCUCGGAAGAACCAAAUGACACUGUGGCUCCCAACUCUACCUUCACCAAAGUUUACAGCCUGACCCCAACUUUGGCAAACAACCGACAAAAACGCGGCCUGGCCUUGGAUGGCAAACUCAAACAUCAGGACACCAACCUCGCCUCAAGUACCAUACUCAGUCCACAACUGGAUAAAGAGGUCCUUGGAAUCCUGGUGUCUUAUCUGCUCAGAGUGAAGGUGAUAGUUUCCAGGGGAGGGAUCUUGGGAGACCUCACUUCAAGUGAGGUGUCUGUCGAAAUUCCCUUUUGCCUGAUGCAUCCUAAACCUUUGGAGGUCAAUGUCUGUACUGAAGACAUUGUGAUUGAAGAAUUCAAUCGUCCAAAGCUUGACGAAGAACAAGACGAUGAAGACGAAGAACCUGCAGCCGCAGAAGGAGAAAACUAAACGCAGGAAAACAGAUAGGCAGCAGGGAGGAGGUCUUAAGUUUAUGCAUGGUUUUGAUAUGCUCAAUCAGAAUAUCAGAAAAUAAACAGAAACUUUUCUUCGUGUCCAAGAAAGUAGUCUAGUCAUCCGUCCAGUUUUAAAUUGCACAGUCUGAUGUUUGGCAGUGCUAUUGCAAAACUUCUGAAACAUAUGACAGAUACCCUUCAUCACCAAGAACACAGAUUGGAAAUUUGAGCCCAUUGUCCAUAUGGCCACAUUCUGGCAAUUUAUUGAGCUCGUAACCUAGAUACUCAGUGUAGUGCUCUGGCCGCAACGGGGCAAGUCAUGACUGCUGGUGAAAUUUGAUUUCAAUCAAUAUAAAAUCUGGAAAUAAAGGCUUGUCUCAGUAAAAGUAACCAUGAAUCUACAGUUAAUUGUUUUAAAAACUCAUUUCAUUCAUUGCUGU